AUGUCACAACUACAACAUGAGAGAGCUUUAUCCAACGAUGCCGAAGCAAUUGAAGAUGAGAUCGACGAUCUAGAAAGACGCCUGGCAGAAGCCAAAGAGAGACAAAGACAGGCUCAGCAACAGCGGAGUGUCGUGCAAGAGUCCAAUCUUGGGGUGAUAUCAGCCAACCACUUCCUCCUCCUCCUUUCCGACUCCGCGCUGCCUCUCGGAUCCUUUGCCUUCAGCAGCGGUCUCGAAUCCUACCUCGCCCACAACAAAUCUUCUUCCCCUUCGCAUUCUACAUCAUUUGUCACUAACAAACUACCCAAAACCAAACUUCCACCACCCUCCUUCACCUCUUUCCUCCCCCUCUCCCUCUCCUCCUACGCCUCCACCACGCUCCCCUACGUCCUCGCCGCCCACCGCGACCCAGCCCAGCUCGCCCUGCUAGACGACACCCUCGACGCAACCAUCGUCUGCACCGUCGGCCGUCGAGCAUCGGUCGCCCAGGGCCGAGCGCUGCUUUCCAUCUGGGAACGCUCUCUGUCCUCGUCGCUACCGCCUUCGUCUGCUUCUGCCGAAGCGGCGGCUGCAAUUCUCAAGCCUUUCUCGGCUUUGCUUAGAUCUGCAGGGGCGCCACCCGGGUGGAACGACCCUCCACCCGUCUCCGCCCACCUCCCGCCCCUCUUCGGCGCCAUCUGCGCCCUCGUCGGGCUCUCGCUCGAGCAGACAACUUACGUUUAUUUGCUUAGCCACGUGAAGGCGCUGGUGAGCGCGGCGGUGAGGGCAGGCAUGUUUGGCCCCUACCAGGCGCAGAAGACGCUGGCGAGUAGGCAAGUGCAGGAGAUGAUUGGGGCGUUGAUGAAGAGGGAGUGGGAGAGAGGCGUGGAGGAGGCGGGGCAGAGCGUGCCGGUUAUGGAUUUGUGGAUUGGUAGGCAUGAGGUUCUUUAUUCGAGGAUUUUUAACAGUUGAGUUGGGCAGGGGAAGACCGGGGGAUGGCAUCGGGAGUCGAGGGUGAAAAGGGGUACAUGGGCGGAUUGUGAUUGGAAAACGGGUUUUGUUUACAUGGAAAAGGGGGCGGAGUCGUCAAAUCAUAACCACAAAUUUGUAUGGCACAUGUUCGAACGCUCUUCAUCUGGCAUCUUAUUAUUUCUAUG